AUGAUGUUAUUGCUUGUUUUUGGUCUGAUACACGCUAUUGUCGCCCAGGGAACAAUCGAUCCAGAUGUAGAAGCAUUUCAAAAACAUGUAGCUAAAACUGCUCUUGAAAUGUGGUCAAGUAUGGACUUAAAUCAAAAUGGUGAAUUUGAUCGAGAUGACUUGCAGGCUGCAAUAUCUGACUACGAUUUGAAUGGUGACAAUGAAGUAACUAGAGCCGAAUUUGAAUUUGGAUUUGAUAUGGCAGAACCAACAUUAGCUAUUUUAGCAAAGACAUUAUUUGCCGAGUACGAUGAAAAUCAAGAUGGCUUUUUUGAUUCAAAAGACUUGGAUGGUGUUUAUAAACGUAUGGAUCAUAUAAUUCAUGAUGGAAGAAUUUCAAAAGCAGAAUUUACUUCUUAUUAUACUGAGUUGCUGACCACCUUGUUCCUUUUACAAGUACAAGCAGAAAAAGAAGCACAAAAUAAAGUACUGGGUUAA